CAGAGAAUGUUUUUCCAAGGAAGGACCUGCCUCUGGUUAUUCAUGGGAGCAGUGGUCAUCCUAGGAAGUGUGAAGACCCCCAAGCAUUGUGGGAAAUAUCAUUGCUAUCAGCUUACCAGUUUUCGCUGCAACUUUAAGGAAGCAGAAAGUUACUGUCCUGACCAGGGAGGAUACCUUGUUCGCACUUGGAAGCAAAGGGUCCCAGAGCUCAUCCAGAGCUUUCUGGAAGAAGGGACAAAGUGUGGAAGCUAUCACAGCCUCCUGGACCACAAAGCCAGUCAGCUGUACCACUGUGUCCCAACUCACCAGGGAGAUCUUAUCCGAGGAGGACAAUGCUCCAAGAGGCAUUACUUCAUUUGCCAGGCUGAUGUCUUUUCAGACCAAGAUGCAGUUUUAAAAGAAAUGAACAUAAUUCUCAUUUAUAUGGGAGACCCAAGAAGACAAAAAGAGAAGUCACACCCCAAGGAAAAACAAUAUCUCAGCCAAAGCACAUCAGCUUUGCCUCUGAGCUCAUAUACUCUGGGUCACCCAGCACCUAUGAGGUUCAUAUUUCCAUCAGCUUCAGCUUUGAAGGAGCUCUUGAAUAAAUGCCCAGGAGUUAAUGUCCAAAUGACAGGAUUGGUUUUCGAUCCCUUCAAGGAUUUUGACAACUUAGACAUUGUUGGAAGCAUUGGAAGGAUGUUAAUAAGCUCAGAAUAUGAACCACUCCACAUCUGUAGUUUAGUGGAAGAUAUUGUGGUAUUGCUCUGGAGAAAUUCCAGCAUGGAAACCCAUCCCACCAUCCUCAACACAAGCACGAACCAUUCCACAGUCACUGUGAACACUACUUCCUUAGAGAAGCCUCUGAUCAUGACGGAACCCGAAGGUCCUUAUCUCGUGACGCUCUUCCUGGUCUUCCAGCAGCAGCCUCACCACGCUCACUUAUACCCGAGCGGCACCUUCCAAGGGCUCACAUGGGGCAGAAAGGUAACACUGCGAUCGGUGCCCAAAACUUCCCUUGCCAUAUUUUUGGUUUUGUUUUUUAGCCUUCUACUUUGGGAUAAUUAUCCAGAGAGCCUGCCACACACUGGCUGUGUGGAACAGAAGUGUGGCGACUGCCCAGCAGCCACCCACCUGGUCUCUGUCCUAAAUGCCAUCACCCGGGGCUAUUUCUGGGACAGCAGCAACAAGACUCAGCACCUCCCGUCUGUCUCCAGGUUGGGCUGCAGAGCACCACUGAGGACACGGAGUCUCUGUAACCUGACCUUCUCAGGCAGCGAGUUCUUCAUUGCGCCAAGGACAGCGGAUGUCGAAGACACAGUGAGACUGACCGACAGCCCUGUUGUAUCCCUGCUGGCAAGUCUCUUAGGAUUCUAGAUUUUACUCAUGUGGGCGUGGAGGAAGGAUCAGCUUUGGCUGCCGUCUCCCGUGGGGAGAGAGAGCUUCAGUCCUCGUCUUCGUCUUAGACGUCGCCUCCUGACUCCAGUGCAGACGGCUCAGCCUGGUGGCACAGACCCUUCCUCCAGCCGGCACCGGCUUUCUGGCUUCCACCACUGCCCUUGGGCCUUCCCAGUGCGGAUCCUCGAUACGGACUCGCACACUCACACCGGACACUGCCCCGGCUCCGCGCCCUGGACUGGAUCCUUCCAGUCUCCAGCACGCAGAAUGACAUCUCAUCUUCUUUUAAUUUCUCUUUUCAGCUACCUAUUCUGCAUGAUUAUAGAAAAGUUCACCCAGAACUAUCUGUGGCUCUCAGUUGCAACUCAAAUUCCCCAGAAAAGAGUCCAGAGGCUCACUUGCUAUUUGACACUGCUCCUCUGUGUCAUGGUCGUCAAUGUGAUGCUCUGGAAGGUGAAUGGCAGUACUGCUAAGAGAGAUGGGCAAAUGGGUCCAUCUGCUGUGACCUGGGCCGAACUGUUCCUCGGCACCCAAACUGCUGUCAUCCUUUUCCCCAUCAGUCUUGUCAUUGGGCAGCUCUUCCCAUUGAUUGAGCCACAAGAGACUCCGCCGUUUCCUCCCAUCCUGUCCUCCUGCCCCUCCCAUGCUGCCUGUGAACUGCUCUCAUCUUGGUUCCAUAUCCAGGAGUUAAAGGAAACUGUGGGAUUCCUACUCAGGAAAAAUACCUCAGAAUGUGAACACUCUUCAUGGAGUUCUUAUGACAUUAACAAGCUGGUGAAACUUUUAUCCAACUUCAUUUAUUCUUGGAAAAUCAAGGCUGUUGCCAGUAGGUGGAACCCUAAAGUGCAAAUGGUAAAGUCCAGUAGAUUUCAGUGUGGGGUACAAGAUGAUUCUUUCACCUCUUGUUCUCCAGGAACACUUUAUACCUUGGAAUUGAGCAAAGACCAAGCCGCCAGUUGAGUUAUUUCAAUGAUAUUAUCAGUGCUUCAAAACAUUUUCAUCAGCCAGCCAGUAAAAGUGUUUUUGUCCUCAGAUGCUUUCCUCACUUCUGUAAGACUGGACAGUUAAACCUGACUUCAGACAUCAGAGAAGGGCCAAAGCCUAGACUAUCUUCACAUAAGUCAUCUCCUAUGUCCCGUUUUUGUUCUUAAGAGAAACAUUCUGGGCACAAGCAUAAUCAUCAGCACUGUCAUCUUGGGGCUUGACAUGAAGUCAUUAAGCCUAUUAAAAAAAUCAAUUAUUUACUGCCAAAAUAGGUUUAUCAGUUUCUAUGAGGCUUUAAUAGUGAACUCCUCCACUCACCUUGUGGUCUUCCUUAUUCUGCUGGCAACUGUUCAGUUAUGGGACCUGCUGCACCACAACCCCAGGAAACUCAACUGUCAGUCACUCAGCUCCUUCCUGAUCCUCACCAGUGUCACAUCACUUAUGGUUCUUGUGAUCAUUAAUCUUUUUGUUUCGGCCAUUCUCAUGGCCUUUGGAAAAGAAAGUUCCUCCCUUAAGAAAGAAGGUGUACUGACAAAUAUGUUGCUACAAAAGCACUCAAAUUUGUUAGGAAUCAGGCAGCCCUAGAACCCCUCAUCUGAGAAUCAGCCAGGACAGCAAUAA